UUUACAACCACCUGUAUUACCACGUCGUGAACGUACGCUGGCGAUAGCGAGAAGAUGUAAAAUUUUGCGUGCCAACAUGCCCCGCCUGCUGAAUAAUAAUUUUGGACAAGUCACUGGCACUAUGACAGUAAUGCCCGAGUUUCAUUUGAUGACCUAAUCUGCCCAGAAAAAGUCAGCUAUGCCAGUGUCUAGUCUGGUGCCUGAGGGAACCGUCAAGGUCUCCGUCAGCGAUGUGCUGGAAGUGCGUGGUGGGCCGCUCAAUGAAGAGGAACUCUGGAGCGUGCUCUGUCAGAGUGCCAAGGCCCUGCAGGACGUGUUCUUGAAAGGUGAGGCGGUUGUCCAGGGCACGCCGCGCUUUGUUCUCUGUCCCUACACGCUCCAUUUCACACCCAGCGGACGCGUUACCUUUGCCGAGACGAUUGACCCGACUCUUCCCAACAUCCGGGACUUCCUGUCUCCUGAGGUUCUAACUGGCCAUCUGAACCCGUCUGAUGUUGCCGUGGAGAAGAUGUUGGUGUACUCACUUGGUAUGACGUUAUUCUGGGCGUCUGAGUAUUCCACCCCAGCAGGCAGCAGGCCAGCGCUGACCCGUGACCUUCAUUCCAUCCUACGUGCAAUGACCAACACCAACGCUGACUCCAGGGUGGCGUUGAUACACAUCCUGGAGGCGUGUACUCUUCACGCGUGUCAGACGCGCAUGGGUUUACCGUAUGCGCACCAUGUGAUGAAACUCAGCCGGAUUGUCAUGGGCAGCGUAUACGAGCUUGAUAAGCUGGUACAUCCGUACAGCCCUGGGGAUGAGGUUGAUGCUGACCUUAACAGCAGUAACCCCCUCAAUGGGAGUGGUUCCUUUGUGCAGAAUGGGGGGCCACUGGAACAUAACAGGAAUUCAGACUCUUUCUUCGCUCUGCCGUAUCUCACCCAUCAAGAUGUGCAACCCUUCUAUCAAAAUCUUCCUCCCCCCUACCACUUCCAAGAUUUCCGGCCCUGUGCCUGCAGCUCCCUGGCCUACUCUCCGUGGCGUUUGAGUCCUAGCAAGAGGCCUAAUUAUCAUCAUAACUUUAACAACAAUGCUACAUCGAACAAGCGGCCCCGCUCAGCAAAAGACAGUCGCCAUUACCUCCACGAACUCCCGGAUAGCAGUCAUCACAGCCGCGCACACUCCACGCAUCGUCCAUCCAAUAUCAGCACAAGCACGAUGGACUCCCGAGAGAGCGACGAGGAGGCCGGGGGCAUGCGGGACUCCCUGCUGCCACACCACCGGACUCACCGGACGACGGGCGUGGACGAGACUGGCCGGUCCUACCACCUAUCGGACAUCCCAACACUGUCAUCCGGUGACAGGUCGAGAGAGCGAUCUCGGGACGGGUCACGAGGGAGGUCGCUCUCGAGGUCGAGGGAAGGGUCACGGGGGAGAUCCGGAGAAAGGUCAAGAGAGCGAUCCGCGGACAGAUUCAGCCGGAAAUCACACUCACCAAGCUCUCAGGCCAACGCGGUGUACGACAGACUCUACGAGAGGCGGGAGCGUUUGCGCCUGCUGAGGGAGCAGCUGGGCAUCAGGCACCGUGACCUGGACAUCAGGAGACCACUACUUGGAUACCACAGUGACGGAGGAACGAUGAGCGAUGAUGGCAGUGAGGUGGAAGGAGGUCAGGAGCCAAAGGUCAGAGCUAGAUCACUUAAGUCGUUGACCUCAAUGGAGUCCGCCCAGGAGGGGAGUUUCUACCCUGACCAACACCAGUAUGGGUCAUCAGAUUCUCUGUCCACCGAACGCGGCCGGUCACUCAACCGCCGGGCUCAGGUCCAGGGGACGGAGCGCAGCGUGCCGGACCAUUCCUCCCGACCCUUACCCAAGGCUACCUCAUUGCGCCGUGCGGAGAGCGCCCCCAGGCAACAAAUGGGUAGAGUCUCCGAGAGGGUACCAGUGAACGGUCUGGCAUCACCCGCAGGAAAUGGUACAAGGGAACCUCCAGCUGGAAAAAAGAAACUCAAGAAAUUUUUUGGACCUGAGUUUGUGGUGAUGAGUAGUACUGCCAAUGAAUCCUUGGACAUGUCCCCGUCUAUAUUGUGCAAAGCCGGUAAAAUUCCCCCGGACCGCAAGAAGGUCACCGUGGUGCUCCUGAACGGCCGCCGUCUUGACCUCAUGUGUGACCUCGGGACCAAAGGUCAGGAAAUGUUUGACAUAGUGACCUCCCACAUGGGUCUGAGCGAGAAGGUGUAUUUUGGGCUGGCUUACAUCAGAGAUGGGGAGUACUUCUUUCUAGACUCUGACGAGAAGCUGUUUAAAGUCGGCCCGGAAUCCUGGAAGGAAGAGGUCAAAAAGGGGUCAAAGAAGGUCAUUGCCACAGACAAGUUUACGCUUUUUUUCCGAAUCAAGUUCUACCUGGAGAACACGGCUCUGUUGAAGGACCAACUCACCCGCCACCAGUACUAUUUGCAGCUGCGGAGGGAUAUCCUUGAAGAGAGGACGCGAUGCGACGAGCGGGCCGCCCUGCAGCUGGCCUCCCUGGCGCUGCAGGCCGAGAUGGGCGAUUACCAGCCAGAGACCAUGGGCCGGAACUACUUUCUGCCGGAGCACUACGUCCCCUCGGGGAUCAUCGAUACGUUGGGUGUGCCGCGGAUCAGGCAGAACCUGCCGCCGAUGCACGGCGCUCACUCCAGCAUGGGGGAGCUACAAGCCGAGAUGGAGUUUUUGAUGGAAGCGAGGAAACUUCAGGAGUAUGGCAUCCACUUCCACAGGGCCUCCCGCAGCAAGAAGGACCCGAGCGCCUCCAUCUGGCUGGGCAUCUGCACCCGGGGCGUCAUUGUGUACGAGAAGCGGGGCAGCGUGCGCCAGCAGAUCCACGCCCACCCAUGGCACCUGACCAAGAAGAUUGCGUUCAAUAGAAAGAAGUUCACCGUUGAGGCAAAUGAUGGGACCAGCAGUAAAUAUAUUCAUUACACAGAGAACUACAAGAAAGGGCGCUACAUGCUUCAGCUGUGUCAGUCCCAGCACAAAUUUCAGAUGGCGAUGCGUCUCAAGGCGAACACUUCACGCAAGUUUGGACAAGAUUUUCCUGUGGAGGCAGAAUCUUUCACCGACUCACUCCGAUUCUCGGCUUACAAUGACUACCAAGAAGGGCUGGAUUUCUCAGAUGAUGAUGAAAAUGGCAGUAUCCAAAACUCCAUCCCAGAAAGUCUCUUCCUUCAAGGGCAAGAGGAUGUCAGUGGCCCCUCUACAUAUCCGGGCAACAGCGGUGGCCAAAACGGCCAACGACAUGUGUCGGAUUAUGAAGAAAUUGCGAUGGGCAAACGAAGCCGCUCUUCCCCUUCACCGGACAGGCGUUGGGAACGAGACCCGCCAGUCUAUCAGAACUUACCGGCAUAUCCCAGUCAGUCAAAAGACUGGGAAGAAGGGCGAGGAGAAGGCAGAGGGCGUGAGGGGUCGCCGAGCCGGGCAGUGCUGCCUGACGGCCGCCGGAACGAGAAGAACCGCAGGCACCGCGCCAGGGACUACCACAGUAAGGAGACGCUGCCCUACGACGAGCUGAACGUCGAGAGGUCAGCCAGCAAGGCAUCCCAAGGGAGGCGGAGUAGCCGGCUAGAACGCCAGAACCAACACCUGAGCUUCCACAGCGGAAGCUCCAAUGACACCCAGGGAGAAAACGGCCUGCCAUCAAGCCUGCGUUCACCAAAUGGGGCUCAAAUGGCUCACCGAGCCCGGGCUCGUACACCGGACCCCAAAGCAUUGACGCCCGAGUCCGACCGCCCAUCCUAUGAAGAUGAGCAUCCUUAUGCUACCGUGGCAGAUAUGAAGAUCCAAGGAGAGCACCAUUCUCUAGAUGAUGAGGAUGGACGUGAGAUUCUUGGCUUGGAUGAAGUGGACGUGCCCCAUGUCAUUGAUGCCAGCAUACGGACCCACGAGCGCACUCGUCCUGACACCCUGGACAACCACACGGAAGUGAUCAGCGAGACGUUGCAGGAACGGCUCAAUGACCUGUCACCCCCAGAGCAGCCCGAGAGAGAUAUCACCAUCAUCACUCUUAAGAAGGACCCCAAGCAGGGCCUGGGUGUGACCAUUGUCGGGGGUGAGAAUUCCCGCAGCCUCGACCUGGGGGUCUUCAUCCAGUCGGUCAUUCCCGGUGGACCAGCAGACCGGGACGGCCGGCUUCAUCCUGGGGACCGCAUUAUCUCCAUCAAUGGCCAGAGCCUGGAGGGGAUCGGUCACCGUGUGGCAGUGGACAUCCUGACCAAUGCACCGGCCACGGUGCAGCUGAUCGUGUCACAGCCAAGAUCUUCAAGUCCCGAUUCGAAACAUCGACUUCAAGUGCCUAUGGAUGUUGAUGAGGUCGUCAUGCCAACACAGACUGCCCAAUCACAGGCCCAGCUGCAGCUUCCGCCCAGUAGCAAUGGCCAGCCUGACACCCCACGUACCCAGAAACGGAAGCACACUCCCCCGCAGAAGCCUCAGCGCCGGCCUCAGAGCUUUGGCUCCAACUACAGCCUGGCACUCUCAGAUGCCAGCCAUGCCAGCGAAGGCAGUGUUUCAUCAAAGACCACGCCCAAGGCUGGCCGCGCCAACAUGGUGAUGAUGGCCGAAAGUGCUCGACCACCCGUGCCGCCAGCGGCAGAGCAGAACACCCACAGUGGUCAAAUGAAACCAGUUGCUAUAGAAGGUCAGAGAUCACCAGACAAAGGUCAGAGGUUGCCAAGUCAGGGAAAGGGGUCACCAGCGGACCAAAGCGAUAUCCACUUCAGCUCGGAUGACGAGGACGUCCCAACGCCCAGAGAUUCCGACCUGGAUGACCUGUUCCCAGACGAUCACAAGACCUUAGCAAAGCCCAGUCUGCUCGGCCAUGGCUCACUGUCUGCCUCAGCCAACUCUCCGCUGAGCGACUUCUUCACCUCCCCUGCCGAGGCGCUGGACUCGGCCGUGGACAACACCGAUGCCACGACCAAGACGGAGGCCGAGGAGGACCACGAGGAAGGGGUUCUGGACGGUCGGGAGGAGCUGAAGCCAGGCGACGUCUACAGGGUGCAGCUGAAGAAAGCCAACAGUAGCUUGGGAAUCAGUGUCACAGGAGGCAUUAACACCAGUGUCAAGCACGGUGGUAUUUACAUCAAGUCCAUGGUGCCUGGUGGUGCGGCCGACUCAAACCGGAAAAUUCAAGUUGGUGACCGCGUCCUCGGGGUCAACUCUGAGUCCCUGGAGGGCGUGACCCACCGGCAAGCUGUGGAGGCCCUGCGCCGGGCCCCCGAGGUCAGCACCCUGGUCAUCGAACGGGGCAUCCCCCCUGCGAAGGCCAGCAACCUGCCCCCCACACCCACCCCCUCCCCUCUGGUGGCAAUUGGGGACGACGGGGAGGCUCUGAUCAUGUCCGGCACGGCCAGGGAACAGGUGCAGUCUGAGCCGCCCUCUAGUGGCAAUGCAGAGCCAGAUCGACCUACUAGCGUUACAUCCUUUACUGAUGUUGAGCGGCAAACCCCACUGAGCAGAACCCUGGACACACACAGUGAUGCACCCCAAGCUUCACCAGCCUUCAGCCGAGGCGAGAGUGACACCACCCCUGUCCUGUCGUCAGCUAUUGCAUCCCCAGUGGAUGAGGUGGUGAAGCAGAGUGUGUUACAGGCUCCCCCACCCCUAAUGUCGCAGGCUCCCCCACCCCUGAUGUCUCAGGCUCCCCCACCCUCUGCAUCAGACGAUGAGGGGUGGGUGCACAGCACUUCCUCCAGGGGUUCCACAGUGAGGAGGGCCUAUGUUAACCCCCCGGAACACGAAGAGCCUAAGGAUGAUGUGGACAGCAUUGACGAUGGGCAGCUACCAUUACCAUCAGAUGGCCUUGUAGAAUCCCGGGGGGAUACACCCACAAUCCAGGCUUUUAAGGACUAUGAGCUACCAGACUCGACCCCGAUGACAGAUGGCGAAGAUGAUGAUCAGUCUCACAGCGAUGAAUCUGAAUCCCCGAUCCCCAUUGAGCACUCGGUCAUGGGGGUGGGCUUCGACCCCGAAAUCGCCUCCCCAGUGCUCAGCACCCGUGAGGCCGACACGCUGACCCCGACUGCACACCUGGACUGGCGCAGUACCCCAACAGGGGCGCUGGAGAAGGGCAUGUGGGGGCCCAAGUCGGCAUCCUACCGGCACGGGGCUACGCCUGUCAUACAUGAGCAGAGUACCGACGACCAGCACUCUGAUCAGUGGACUGACUAUGACAAUGACGAGCGGUCGCCGACUCCCACGACGGAGGGUCGGUCGGGAUCACCAUCCCUCGACGGCCGCUCGCUGCGCGAUGAUGAAUUCAUCAGCGAGGAGGAAGACGAGGAGAUGAUGCCAUCUCCAAUCAUGCACGACUCCCGUGCGGCCAAUGACACCGUCAUCAGCGUCAGAUCCCCGGGGCUUCCAGACAUCAAGACUGCCACCAUAAUGACAUCCCCCUCGGCCACCACGCCUGGCCCGUAUCAGUCUCAGAGCCGUGGCAGUGACACCCUCAACUCCCAGUCGCCCUUCCCGUCCCUGGACGGCACCCUCCCGCUCCCCAGUGAUGCCUCAGGGACCAGCCGGAGCCCCACCCCGGACCUGCCUCCCCUGGUGCUGCCCGACGAUUCUCUGCUCAGGCCACACGACAAGUCACCGUCACCGACAUCUUCGAUAACCAGCGUCGGCGCACUCACCCUGACUCAGACCAUGAUGUCCACCAUGGGUUUGGAGGGUAACAUUGAGCUUCCUGAUCUUCCCUACGUAACCCCAGAGAACUGCUUUGAAGUGCAGCUAACCAAGGGCAGCCAGGGGCUGGGCUUCAGCAUCCAGGGGGGAAAGGGAAGCCACCAGGAUCCCAAGCUGUGCCUGGUGCGGAUCAAGAAGGUGUUUGCCGGCCAGAAGGCGGCGGCCAGCGGCCUGGUGGAGGAAGGUGACGUCAUCCUGACAGUCAACGAGCAGCCCGUCUACGACAAGACUCACAAUGAGACAGUAGCCGUAUUACGAGGAGCACCUCAAGACGUUCGUCUUCUCCUCUGCCGACCCAGCGACGAGGAGCUUGACCUUCUUGUCCUUCAGGAGGAUGAGAAGGCAUUUGAGCGGAAGUUGAGUUCACCGUCCGCUCCCUCCAGUCCCAGGAUCACCAAGGAAUCGCAGACCCAGGACGAGGCGACCACGCCUCCCUUCACCCCGGCCCCGCCGAAUGCCACAGACCACCAGUUCUCACCCCCGGAGUCCCCCUCUAUCUCGUUGGCUCCCUCCGAGGCCAAUUCGCUCCGGCUUACCCCAGUGACACUUGCGAGGGAACCAGAGCUUGUGACAAAGUUGCCUCUGACCUCGCCUACGAGUAGUCUGAGCUCGCCUGUCAAGUCGGUUUCUGAGCCAUUGGGUGGGGAGUACGUGGAGGUGACCCUGAUCAAGCCCGCCAAGGGUGGGCUGGGCUUCACUGUGGCCGGGGGAGCUAACUCUGGCGGCUGCUACAUCAAGGAUGUCAUCCAGGAUCCGGCCAAGUCGGACGGCCGGCUCAAGAAGGGAGAUAAACUCAUCAAGGUCAACAACCAGGAUAUGCUGUCCAUGAGCCACUUUGACGCUGUGUCCUUCCUGCGUAUGACCCCGCAGGAAGUCACCAUCAAGGUCCUACGCCUCCGGGAGCGGACCCAGGAAGCCCCGACUCCUAUUCCCCCUCCAGUUCCCUCCUCUCCACCCCCCGCCUCCCCCACCCUGUACUCGGACAGACCCGUCUUCCCCACUUCCGAGAUGACCCAGAGCCCUUCCAACUCCUCACGCUCCGACCCGGCGACCGCGGUCAACCUGGACCGACUGCCAGUGGUCAGGGUCCAGCGCAACCCAGCGGGUCAGCUGGGGUUGUCCCUGACCCUGGACCUCAGGGGGGCUGGCCGGUCGGGGAUUGUCGUGAGCGACGUCAUCCCUGGACUCCCGGCAGCCAGCGAGGGCAGUAUUCAGACCGGGGAUCUUAUCCAUGCCAUCAACGGAAAGAACUUGUCUGGAAUGAGUUUAAUGUCAGCCAGACGUCUUUUAGAGACUGCUCCCAGCACAGUGGAGCUGAAAUUAACUAGAAACGGCCAGCCCGUCGCCCCCCGCAGGAGGCUCCCGACGCCCCGCAGCCCUGCCGAUUCCUCCCAGGAGGUGCCCAGGAUCGUCCUGCCCACCAGCCCGAGGUCCGAGAGGCCCCUGCUGCCCCCAGGAGAUGGCCCAGGGGAGCUGUCGGUGGAAGAGGAGAUGAAGGGAGUGAUGGAGUCGUUGGACUUGGACCUGGGCGACCUGUCCUCCGAGAAGAUGGAGGAGACUGACUGGGAGGAUGUGUCUGAAAGUGACAAAGAUCAUCUGGACGAUGUGGACGCCAUCUUGGCUUCGCUGGAGGCAGAGCACAACAUUACUCUUCCGGACGAGAUCAAGGAGAAACGGACCCUGCCCAUGGACAUGCCCGGCAUCGCAGUCACGGAGGUGCCACCCGCUCGGUCUUCCAGGCAGGGCUCCUUGGAGGUUCAAAAUGGCGAUGCCAAGGAGCCUGAAGACCGAUCAACCCCCUCACCCGUCUACAGCAGCCCCAUUCCCACCCCUUACCUCACCCCUACCCCACCCGCCACCCCCUCUCUGCCCGACAUGGACCACGAGGCCGAAGCACCGAGCCCUCCCUUCUCACCUCCUGCUGCCGCAGUGGAGUCGCCCUUUUCGGCGGGGGCAUCAGCUGCUGCCCCGCACGCUGUCCCACCCUCAGAGGUGGACUCCCCGACCCCGAGUGAGGCUCCCACUGUGGACCGGGCCAGCACGGGAAUCAUAGAGAAGGCAUCCACCAUCGUCGAGACAGACCACGAGUCUGAGGGUCAUGCUGAAAAAUCUGAGGGAGGAGUGAUCUGGAUUGAACUGGAGAAGCCGGCCAAUGGCAGCCUAGGGUUCAGUUUGACGGGUGCCAUGAAGGGUGGGAAGACCAGCAUCUUCAUCAAGACAGUCACACCUGGGGGCGUGGCCGAGAAGGACGGCAGACUGCGAGUUGGGGAUCGACUUCUACAGGUGAACGGCGAGAGCCUGGUCGGCAUGACACAAAAUAAAGCGGUUGGCAUUCUGAGAAAGAGCAAAGGUGUCGUCAAAUUGGCCAUUACCAGGCAACUCGCCAAAACCAGCAGCAACUCCACCCCCAUCCAGCCCAAGCGUGUCCCUGUCCUGCCAGUCCAUGAGUCCCCCGUGCCCAGCCUGAAUCUCCCCCACAGGAGCGACGAGGACGGGGAGGAGCAAGGGGAUGAUGGGGGAGAAUCGUUGGCACAGUCCUUCACCGAGUCGGCCCGAGAUGCUGAGCUGGAAGCAGAUCUGUCCGAGUUUGACAUAAGCACCAGUCUCAACUUUGACUCUCACUCCCUGCCCCUUGGUGGCGUGUCCUCCAUGGCUAUCACCCCUCCUCCCCCGGGGUUCCGAGCCGGCUAUGUCUCAGGUCACGACACCGACGACGAUAUGGACAACACUAUGGAUCUUCCCGAUGACUCGGCGGCGCACCCGGACACGGGGAAGAGUUCGCCGUCAGCCAGCGACGGUCAACACGCCGCCAUGAAGUUUGGCCAAGCCUUGAAGGCCCGUGGCCAGAUGGUUCCCGAAAGCGACGACUCAAGCUCUUGGGGCUCCGACACCGACAUUCCCCUCUCAGGGGACCGAGGUCACACCCCCGCCCCUCGCACCACCCCCAGCCACAAGAUCCUGAGCGUGAUCAGUGACGCCGAGCUGCGCCGCAUGGCGCUGGCCAGGCCGGCUCCUGGAGGGCACUAUUCGGGCCGGUCGCUGCGGAGCGUCAUCGCCGGCCUGCAGAAGCAAAUAGACAAGCAGGACCCUGCCGAGGAAUUCAAGGUGCUGCGCAACGUCAAAGCAACAGACAACUGUGAGGAGGCUAAGAAACCCAUCAACAAAGACAAGAACCGCUACCGUAACGUGUUGCCUUAUGACGAGACCAGAGUGGUGAUCCAGCAAGUGGGCGGAGCCAAGUACAUCAAUGCCAGCCACCUCGACGUCCUGGUGGGCAAGGACACCUACCGCUACAUCGCCUGCCAGGGGCCGCUGCCCCAGACUGCCGGCGACUUCUGGCAGAUGGUCUGGGAGCAGAGGUCGGAUGUCAUCGCCAUGGUGACGCUGGCAAUGGAAAGUGGCAAGGUGAAGUGUGACCGUUACUGGCCGGAUUCCAUGGAAACGCCCAUCAUGGUUGCCGGGCGAUACCAGCUGAGAUUGGACAGCAUGCAGACCCUGGAUCACUUUGACAUCCGCAAAAUAUCCAUGAGUGAUACCAAGACCAACGCAAUCCACUAUGUCACCCAUCUGAAUUUCACCACCUGGACGGACCACGGCGUGCCCAGCUCGGCCCUGCCCCUGCUGCGCUACGCCAAGUACAUGCGCAAGAUCCACGCCAACGGGCCCGUGGUGGUCCACUGCAGCGCCGGCAUCGGCCGCACGGGCACGCUGAUCACCAUCGACAUCAUCAUGGCGCUGAUCGAUCGGGACGAGCCGUUCAAAAUCGUUGAUAUCGUGAGGGACCUCAGGACCAAACGCCAGGGCAUGAUACAGACAAAGGACCAGUAUCUGUUCUGCUACAAGGCGGCCAUUGAACUGCUUAAAACGCUCAUCUGAUGCACCAAGCAGUGGGAUUUCCUUUGUCAGGUGAAACACUUGAGGGCGCUGUUCACAAUUCAUGGAUUGAGUGGAACAAAUAUCACAACUGUUUCAUGGGUAUUGUUUCAACAGUGUUUGGUUUCAGGUGAGUGGACAUGUGCAGAAAGGAUGAAUGGUUCCGAAUUCAGGUCUAUUAAGUUGUUUUUUGAUUUUGAAUGUUGGGAAAAGUUGUAGUAACUGCUAGAUCUUCCACACAUGUCCGAUGACCUCACAGACAGUCCAACUCUGGUUGGGUCAAUGAUGACAGUGUCGACAAUUCAGAAAACCCUGGUAUUUUUAAAUUUGGUUUCCUGAUAUGUCAGCAUUGUCAUGGAAGCUGCCAAUAGAUUGAUACAGUAGGAGACUUCUCCAAUUGGAGAAAUUUUUCUUUUUGUGUAUGAGAAAUAUGAUUCGCUAUGAAGCUACUUACAUUCUGCGGCAUACCGGUACGGUACUUAAUAAAUGAACCUGGUAGUUGAAGGGUUAUCUUUAGGACCUGACCUUGUUAUUUAUGAACUGUAGAUUUGUAUGAAUUCUCUCCGACAUACUGCGUUAACUGAAUUCUCAUCAGGUACUUUAUGAACUCAAUACUGUCAGUGUCCCUCGUGGAGAGUUCAUUAAUAAUGAAAACCAAUUUUCCUUGAAUACUUUGAAAAGUCAGCUUGUGAGUAACCAGUACAUGUGAACAAAAGGAACCGUCUGAACAUGUUGUUUUAUAUUUUAGAGAGAAAAAAAAAUCAUUUCCAUGCAUUCUUGCGAGAUAUUUAUUUAUAUAUAUUUCUAAUUGUAUCCUUGAAAAAUUGAAAUACUUAACCCAAAACUGUGGACAUUGCUGAAGUUUGAAAACUAUAUAUUUUUGAGAUCUCCGUCCUUAAAUUGAAAUGAGAUUGAUGGUAAACAAUCUAAUAACCGCUGCAAAUCAUGCGAGAGAUUUGUUAAUUUUUAUCAUAAAAAUUGAGCAAAAUGUAGGACCGCCAUAAUUGAAAAACAAAGACGCUAUUAUCCUGUUCUUAAUUUGUGAUAAGUGUGUUUGUAGUGUGAUCUUCACCAGUUGAGAUGUUACUUGAUCUUGAUUGACUUCAUUCUUAAAGAGAGGUACGUGGCGUCAUUUAUCUUGCAAAUCUGAG